UGACCAUUUAUUUCAUCGACAUAGAUUUAUGUUAAAAUGGUUUAACUGUUGUGCGUAGUUGUUGUCUUGUGAAAUAUAUAGCUAGCUUUUCCUGUAAAGACUCAGCAGUGCACGCAACAAACUGUGAUUAUGAAACAAAGAUGAUAGCGAGGCCUACAUCUUAUUGCCUGGAUGCCUUGUGCCUGAUCAUGAUGAGUAUGGAAUCAUGUAUUUUUUCAGCUAAAUAACCAGAGAAGGAUGCCAAUGCUGCUAUGCUCAGCAACUAUGAGGUGUACCAGCUCCUGACAGAUCUGAAGGAACAGAGAAAGGACAGUGGGAAGAACAAACACAGCACUGGACAACAGAACCUCAACACCAUCAUGUACGAGACUCUGAAGUACCUGUCCAAGACUCCGUGCAGCAGGCAGAACCCAGAGACUGUCAAGAACUUCCUUACCACCAUGGUGCCUCACAAACUCACUAAGGCUGAGAAGCUACAGCUACUGAACCACAGACCAGAGACUGCUGUAGAGAUCCAACUGAUGGUAGAGGAGAGUGAGGAGCGGUUAUCAGAGGAGCAGAUUGAGGAGCUCAUUCAGAAGGUCACAGACGUGCUCCCAGGCGACCCAGAACAAGAAGGCUCUACCCCCAGCAAUGAAGCAGAGAUGGAAGAAGGCAUUGACCAAUAGCCACGAGUCCUGAUGGAGCUUGUCUGUUACUGAGGGAGGGAGCCUGAGCUGAACAGGAGUCAAAAUGGUAUAAAGGAAACACUGGAAAUCCACUUUCAUGCUCCUUUGGGUGCUCUGGACUGGACAUGGAAGUAUGCAGAAUGGAAUAGAGUCAGAUAUUACCAUUGACAGUAACAAGACUGUUCCCAUUCUUCUGUGCAUUACUAACCUACCUGUCUGCUUGGUUCAACUUCAGCUCUUAGUCCUUCUGUGUUUACAGCACUGUUUCUUAACUAGUGUGUUCUGGAAUCCACUUGCACUUACAGAAGAUGGUGUUAGUGAUCUCCUGUACUACAUGCUUUCAUAUAGUUCUCAGAUUACAACGGGCUAAUGUGAAGCUCCAUUAACCAUUACAGGUUAGGUACUGUUUGCGGCGUAUCACAGAAUUUCCGACCAACCUUGGUGACACUUACUCAAUUUCCGACUUGGAAAACAACCAAUGUCUUCCUAAACGCCAAUAUCUAGUUGCAGGGGCUUUGUUUGAAUUUAGAAAAUGCUCUGUUAUUAAAUAAAUUCUUUGCUCCAUGAAGUAAUCCAAAAAUGUGUACGCCGCCAUCUUGUCUAUUUCAAGUCUUCUCACUCAUUGAUCGAGACGGGUGAGUGUCAUCAUGACAUGCAGCACUUUGUGGUGGAGACCUACCUCUCUUGAUCAAUGAGAGAAGAUUUUAAAUGGUUACGAUGGCGACAUACACAUUGUUGGAUUACUUCAUGGAGCAGGACUUUUAUUUCAUUGAAUAACCGAUUUUCUAAAUUAAAUUAUGAACUGAUGGUUUGAAGCCUGAAUGCUGUGGUAUUUAACUAUGCAAGUCAGUUGAGAACAAAUUCUUAUUCUCAAUGACAGCCUAGGAACAGUGGGUUAACUGCCUUGUUCAGGGGCAGAACGACAGAUUUGUACCUUGUCAGUUCGGGAUUCGAUCUAGCACCUUUCAGUUACUUAGCCAUGGUAUAUUGGCCAUAUACCACACCCCCUCAUGCAUUAUUGCUUAAACGAACCCCUGCAACUAGACAUGGAUGUUUAUAAGACAUUGAUUGUCUUCCAAGUUGGGAAUUUUAGACGUAUCGAUAGUCUGGCUAAGGUUGGUUGAAAAUUCUCUGUUACACCAAACAGUACCUAUCAGCCAGCUGGAACAGAGUAAUGGUCUGACGAGGCAAUAUUUGUAAUAACUAGCUUUCAUAGUACAGUGAAUGGAACAUAGCUAUGCAGAAGCACACGCUUGGUGUGUUCAGAGAGAACAGUCAGGGAUCACAGUUUUGACAGCACUCACGCUGUCCUCUACAGAGCACUGUUGCUUUCAGAUGCCACAAAAUGGGGUAGAAGGUAAGACUUGUUUUGUAUUUUGUUUGACAUACCCAUACAUUGGAUAAAUAUACUUGUUUCUUUGUAAAUCCAUUUGCCUAAUAAAAUCAAAGGCAUACAGUA